AUGUUGAAUAUAUGGACACAAAUACAUACAAAUGCACAGAUUACUCUUGAUUUUGUAUCGGACUGGGCAAAGAACCAUAAAUUAGAGUUCAACGCCAUCAAGUCAAAAGUAAUGGUCUUGGAGAGGAGAGAGAACCACGUUCGUAAUAAUAACCUCACCCUUAAUGGAAUUCCUCUUUGCUAUGUGAAGGAAUUAAAAUAUCUUGGAAUUGUCCUUGAUAGUAAAUUCUCUUGGAAGCAACAUAUUUUACAUCUUUCAAAUAAAUGUGAAAAAAUUCUGUUUGGUCUUAGUAGAGUUGCCAGAAAUAGUUUUGGUCUCAAAUCUAAUGUCUCAUCCCUCAUCUACAAACAGGGUAUUGUACCAUUUAUUUGUUACGGUUCUCGAAUCUGGAGUACUGCUCUAAAGAAAAAAAUAAAUUGUCGGCUCUUGAGGAAAAUUCAAAGGAGAAUACUGCUACGAGUUAUUUCUGGGUAUCGAACGAUAUCUUAUGAAGCUGUAUUUUCUAUCUCCGGCUUUCCACCUAUUGACAUCUUUAUAAACCAUAGUAAUGAAUUCAAGGACGCAACGAAGAACCUGGCCCAUAAGAGUCUAGAUGAUUUCCUUCAAAUUUCUGAACUUCCCCAUCCUGCUGAAAGAUUUCCUCUUAAUGUAAUUAGUUAUCAUAAUAAUAUUGAAGACAACUUUCCCGUUGUCUGUUUUACAGAUGGUAGUAAAAUUAACAAUAAGGUUGGGCUUGCAUUUGUUGUUUUCCAAGAUUACAUAGAAAUUGAAACUCAUCAAUUCAGAAUAAGAGAUGAAUGCAGUGUUUUUCAGGCUGAAUUGCUUUGCAUAGCCCAAGCAGUUUCUUGUAUUUGUGACAAUGAAAACCUUUCAUCAAAGUUCUUAAUUUGCAGCGACUCCCUUUCAUCUUUACAUCCUUAA